GAUUAGAAAUCCAGGGUGCCAGGCUUCCCUUCUUGCAGGAAUUCUCAACUUAUUAUAAGAGAGGUUCGUGAAGCCCCCCGCCUUUCUGGCCCCAGCCUCUCACUUGGCUUUGAGGAGUGGAAAGCACCCACCAUCUCCCUCCCUCCCCCAGGAAGAGCUUCUCACCAUGAACACACUCUCCCUCACAGGCUGAUGUUCUCAGUUCCCAACCCUUCCCAUCUUCUUAUACUUUCUCAGAUAGAGUGGGGUGGGUGUGGGGGGGAGGAAUAAGGAAUGUUAAGUAUGGUUGCCUUGGGGCUGGCACUUUGGGGGUCUCUCUCAGUAAAGCCACACUGAGGUGUGAGGAGAAACUGGUGAGUCUUUUUAGAUUUACCACCUUUUUGUUUCCCACUGGGACCCUACACAUCGACUUCAAUGCAACAGGAAAAGUCCUAUCAACAUCCUGUUAUUUCUGCUACAAAAAUGACUGUCUAUCUUUUAAAUUUACACCUCUCUCCAGGCCUGGUAUAUGCCUUGUUCUGUAGCAGUUACGGAGACAUUCAAUAGAUAUUUAUAAAAUUCUUAAUACAGGAUGAGGUACUUGAGAUGUUGACCAGAAAUUCUAAACUUCAACCUGAAAGCUGCUGAAAAAACCUUAUGGGAAUCAACGUUACAAAUCCUGUUGAAACCACAGAGACUUCAGACCCAUGCAGGAAUUUCUAAACCCCACUCCAAACGUUUAUAGGAUUCAGGGCUGGGAUUCCCCAAAUGCUCCAAUCAUCAGAAAAUCUCCCAUAUGAAGAAAGAACAGGGACAAUAUUUUUUUAAUUAAGUACAUGCUUAGGGAGAAAUUAAAAACAGAAACAUUUGAUAAUGAGGCAGUCUUUUAUCUCUGUUUGCUGCAAGCAUCUUGGGCUUCAAAAUGUCUCACUGGCUACUGAAACCUAAUGUCACCAGAGUCCCAAAACAGAUAUAUUUUGCCACAAAUCUCAGAUGCUUAGGAAUCCUCCUCCUUGAGAUUCGAUUCAUAUUGUGUGCCUUGACACUGAGUUUUCUCUCUGCCACAACUCAGAAAAAGUUGGUGGUCUAUAUGGUUUUGCUUUCACAUUCAGAGUUUCACCAGCUUUCUUGGAUCCUCGAUUAUCACAUUAAUUGCAUCCCUCUGUAAUAUAUGCAUUCAGGGAACAAAAGUUCAGAUCAGUGUGGAAAGUUAUUGGGAAGGGUAGAUUAAUCUAAUUUUGUUGGUUUCAACUUUCCAUUGAAACUUGUUUCCCGUCAUUAUAUAAACCAGUUUCCCUCUCUGUACUUUCCUUGCUCUCUCAGUAAUAAGGGACAUCUACUUUUCUCAAACAAAUACUAUGGCAAUUUAAUUGAAGAAUAGAUGUAAAACAAAACUUGCAGUUUAUGGAAGAAAUCUCCUUUCUUCCAGCAAAAGUUCUGUAAUUAACCAUACAUCCUUUGGGAGAUCUUAACCUCUAAUCUUAAUUUUCCUCAUCUGUCAGUUUAAGGCCAGGCUCAUGUAUUGUCCAUUUAUUGUCUAUUCUGUACCAUGUUCUAUGGAGAGCAUUUAUCAUGUUACUAUUUUAUUUUGUAUUCAAAAUAACUCUAUAUAAAAGGAAUUAUAAUCUGCAUUUUGUAGAUGAAGAAACAAAUUUAGAAGGUUAAGUAAUCUGCAUAACAUGUGGCUUGGCCAGUCAAAGAUAGAACCUGAAUCCAAACCCUCAUUUCUUUAGUUCUAAAGCCCUAAUUCUAAUUGCUGUAACAUGCUAUCACCUAAAUGAGCUCUGAGAUCCCUAAACUAUUCCUUCAGGUUCUAUGUUCUGAGCCAUGGAACUAUUUCAUGUCAUUGCAAGAGGCAUUAUUGGUAAAUUAUUAUUCCUGGCUUUAUAUAGAAUAAAAACUAGUAUACCUCAAUAUUUUGUAACUAUUUUUGUAUUGUGAAUGGUGGAGAAAAAAGAACUAUCAGGUAGCUUCAUCUUCUUUUUCUUCCAAAAAUAUUCUACCUAACCAAACGUUUUUUUCUUUUUUUAAAGACUCCCUCAAAUAGAGAUGAUACAGCCUUCCUUAGAAGACCACCUAUUGCUUAAUAUUGGGAAAAAGAGUUUUUCUCUGUCUGGUGUGGCUCCCUUCAAUUCUAAUUUAUUUUCCGUACAUCAGAGUGAAUUUGAUCAUUGUUACUUAUCCCUUUCUUCUGGUGGGAAAUAAUAGGACAGGAUGUGCUUAAGGGGAGAUAUAAAAAUAUUGUAUUGAGACACCACAAGGAAUGUUAAUUCUUUCUUGCAGUCAGUGUUUUAAGGGGUGUCUGUACAGAGUAAAAAUAGAUGGACAGAUGAAGAGUGCAAGUCCUAUGUAAAAGGAAAGUAUUCAUCUUCUACUCUUCUUUUAAAUAACAAAAUUUCAAUAUCAUCCGUGCCUAGGUUUUCUGGACUUGGAGAAAUAACACUUAAGGAAGAGGGUGGAGAGGAAGGAAAGAAGCUGUUCCGGAAGUGGAGUAGCGUCGGGUGAAGAGACAGAAACCAGCCCCAGACGUGCCACAGGAAGGCACAAGCAAGGACGGUAGUCCUCGAUUCCGCAGGCAGGCCGAGUCUAUAUGUGAUGGCUGGUCCACCUGCCCUUCUGCAGCUGCUGGGAGUACUGCUUACCAUUUCCCUGGGUUCCGUCCGGCUCAUCCAAGCUGGUGCCUACUAUGGCAUCAAGCCGCUGCCACCUCAAAUUCCUCCUCAGAUUCCACCACAAAUUCCGCAAUACCAGCCCCUAGGCCAGCAAGUACCUCACAUGCCUUUGGGUAAAGAUGGCCUUCACAUGGGCAAGGAGCUGCCCCACAUGCAGUAUGGCAAAGAGUAUCCACAUCUACCCCAAUAUAUGAAGGAAAUUCAGCCGGCACCAAGAAUGGGCAAGGAAGCAGCACCCAAGAAAGGCAAAGCAGAAAUACCAUUAGCCAGUUUACGGGGGGAGCAAGGUCCCCGUGGAGAGCCUGGCCCAAGAGGACCACCUGGGCCCCCUGGCUUACCAGGUCAAGGGAUACCUGGAAUCAAAGGAAAACCAGGGCCACAGGGAUAUCCAGGAAUUGGAAAGCCAGGUAUGCCUGGAAUGCCAGGAAAGCCAGGAGCCAUGGGAAUGCCCGGGGCCAAAGGUGAAAUUGGACCCAAAGGGGAGAUCGGACCCAUGGGGAUCCCAGGACCCCAAGGACCUCCAGGGCCUCACGGACUUCCUGGCAUUGGGAAGCCAGGUGGGCCAGGGUUACCAGGGCAACCAGGUGCCAAAGGUGAGCGAGGACCCAAAGGACCACCAGGACCUCCAGGCCUUCAGGGUCCUAAAGGAGAGAAGGGCUUCGGGAUGCCAGGUCUGCCAGGCCUGAAGGGUCCUCCAGGGAUGCAUGGCCCUCCCGGCCCUGUCGGACUUCCAGGAGUGGGCAAACCAGGAGUGACAGGCUUCCCUGGGCCCCAGGGCCCCCUGGGAAAGCCAGGCCCUCCAGGCGAACCUGGGCCACAAGGCCCUAUAGGGGUCCCAGGGUUUCAAGGACCUCCUGGGAUGCCUGGAAUUGGAAAACCAGGCCAGGAUGGGAUCCCUGGGCAGCCAGGAUUUCCAGGUGGCAAAGGGGAACAAGGACUGCCAGGACUGCCAGGACCCCCAGGCCCUCCAGGGAUCGGGAAACCCGGCUUCCCAGGCCCCAAAGGCGACAGGGGCAUAGCGGGUCUUCCUGGGGCUCUGGGACCAAGAGGGGAGAGAGGACCAGCAGGUGCCCCUGGAUUGGGGGGCCCACCAGGAGAGCCAGGCCUGCCUGGAAUCCCAGGUCCCAUGGGCCCUCCAGGGGCUAUCGGUUUCCCUGGACCCAAAGGAGAAGGUGGGGCUGUGGGACCACAGGGGCCACUAGGUCCCAAGGGUGAGCCAGGGCUUCAAGGCUUCCCAGGAAAGCCAGGUUUCCUUGGUGAAGCUGGGCCCCCCGGCAUGAGGGGUUUGCCAGGUCCCAUAGGGCCCAAGGGGGAAGCUGGGUAUAAAGGUUUGCCAGGGCUCCCUGGUGCCCCAGGGCUGCUUGGACAGAAGGGAGAGCCAGGAAUCCCAGGGGAACAGGGCUUACAGGGCCCCCCAGGUAUCCCAGGGAUUGCAGGCCCGAGUGGCCCCAUUGGACCGCCUGGAAUUCCUGGCCCCAAAGGGGAACCGGGUCUCCCAGGGCCACCUGGGUUCCCUGGAGUAGGGAAGCCCGGAGUAGCAGGACUUCAUGGCGCCCCAGGGAAGCCUGGUGCUCUUGGUCCCCAAGGCCAGCCUGGCCUUCCAGGGCCCCCAGGCCCUCCAGGGCCCCCGGGACUCCCAGCUGUGAUGCCCCCGACACCACCACCCCAUGGAGAGUAUCUACCCGAUAUGGGGCUGGGAAUUGACGGAGUGAAACCCCCCCACGCCUAUGGGGCUAAGAAAGGCAAGAACGGAGGGCCAGCCUACGAGAUGCCUGCAUUUACCGCUGAGCUGACUGCGCCUUUCCCACCUGUGGGGGCCCCAGUGAAGUUUGACAAACUGCUCUAUAACGGCAGACAGAACUACAACCCGCAGACGGGCAUCUUCACCUGUGAGGUCCCUGGGGUCUACUACUUUGCAUACCACGUUCACUGCAAGGGGGGCAACGUGUGGGUUGCUCUGUUCAAGAACAACGAGCCCAUGAUGUACACGUAUGACGAGUACAAGAAGGGCUUCCUGGACCAGGCGUCCGGGAGCGCGGUGCUGCUGCUCCGGCCUGGAGACCGGGUGUUUCUCCAGAUGCCCUCUGAACAGGCUGCGGGACUGUAUGCCGGGCAGUAUGUCCAUUCCUCUUUUUCAGGGUAUUUAUUGUAUCCCAUGUAAGAAAGAAAAACAGAGAGAAAUUUAAUAGAAGAAAAGAAAAGGAUGCACCAAAAAAUCCAAAUGGGAAACAUAAUUGCUUCAAAACAUUUAUAUAGUUGGAAAGUUAUAUUUAAGUGAAAGUCUGAACCAUCGUGUACAAAUAAAAACUAAGAUGCAUGUUUAGUGCUCUGCACAGCAGCUUGUGAUUGAAAAUGAUGGGAUAGAUUUAUGUAUCAAGUACUGACACUUGUGUUGUACCCACUGGAAUCGUAUUAGCUGUUUAUGUUAUGUGCUUCCAUGAUAACCUGCUUAUUCAGAUCAAAGUAUUUCAGUAUGAAAGAGCAUAGCUAAUGAAAGUCACUCGCUCAUACUGUUUACUUUAAAAUAUUUAUAAAUAUGGCUUAAAGAAAUGUCAAUGAUAACAAUUACAUACCGUAUUUACUUGCAUAAUUUCCUCUGUAUUUGUGCAGAUACUUUGCCAUGGGAUGUGGGAGAGCUCUGCAGUGCUUUUCCCCAGUGAGGCGUGGACAGAGAACCAGGGUAGAGCUUUACUCCAAGGGAUGUUUCUCCCCUGUCGGAGGCUGUGUCUUUCACAACAAGAGUUCUACUCAGAAUUGUGUGUCUAGUGUCCCUAGAAGAACAACUGUAGUGUAUUUACCCGUGCCUUCUGUGUGCCUAGCACUGGAUGAGACACUUCUGUGGGGCCUAAGACAGUGCCCCGUAGGGAGCUAACAAACCAGCUGGGAGACAUGAGUAGGAAGUAACUCAUUUAUUCCUCACGGGUUCUUUUUGCUUGUUUUUUUUUUUUUCCUGUGAUUUUUUUUUUUCUUUCUUGUUGUCUCCAUGUAAUUUCCAUUAUGACCCAACUAAUAUAAACACCUGGAAGUCAUAAGAAAAAAAGUAACCCUCUCCCCUCAUAACUUUCCAGUUUUGCGGAAUGUUCAUUAUAAAUAGCAGUUAUUAAUUGUUUACAUGCGUAUAAUAAUCCCCCUCCUUCGCCUACACACACAAAUGACUACAACGAGGUUUCACCCACAAAGGGGAUAUCAGUACUUUUUAGUAGCUACUGAAUUUCAAAGAAAUUUCCCUGUGUAGUACACAUACAAAUCGGUGUGUCAUCUGAAGUUCCAAAGUGAAUUUCCUAAAUCCAAGCCAUCCUUUGAUUGGGGAAAGAGGGGGGGAGUUUCAGAAUUACAUAGGAAAAUAAAUUGUUUUGAAAAAAUAAUUUCUGAAGUUUUAAAUUAAAAAAUAGAUGUAUUACUUCCUGCUGUAGGUACUAAAAAUGCAGGAAGCAACCUGUGGAAGAGCCACCUGGAAUGUCAGAGGGCAAUGACAGCCCAUGCUUUUUAUGUCACCCCACAAGUACAGGAGUCAAUACAAAUUUAAAGAGAAAAGUAAAUUUUUUUCCAGGUUUUCAUUUAGGUACAUACUAAUUGCUUUGCACAUUCAAAUCUGGUCUCGAAACACAGACAAAGCAUUUCAAGUUGGCUAUGAGUCUGCUGCUGACACUAUAAGCCACUGGGGGGAAUAAUGUGGGGCUAUGGUGGUGGAGUCUUGUAUCUACUCCUCAGAGUUAAGAGUGUUGAAAUGAGGGGAUAGGUACAGAUGGGAAGAUACACAAAUAAAUACGGUAUAAACACACAUGGAAUCGUGUCUAUGUCAAAUCUGAAUCAUUUUAACCAUCAAGAAUAUUCUCCUCAGCCUAAUAUCUGUCUUUUCCCUAUAUGGUAUACAAGCACCAUUUCUUCUCAAUUUCUUAAAAAGAGAAAUGAGUUCAUUACCACGUGGUUUCUUACUCACGGCUAAUUAUAUGACAAACUUUUCCCAUCAAAAACAUAUCCCACCCAACCUUCAUUUUCAAAGCAGACAGCAUUUAUGUGGCCAAAUAUCCUUUGGGUUGGUCUUGAGGAUGCUGGUUUUGGGCCGAUGGCUAUGAGAGCCACAUGGAUCCACUGGGCUCUGUCUGCUGAAAAGCUGCAUUGAAAUGGCUUGGAGGCAAGUCAGAUCAGCUGAUUUAUAAAACUGUAUUUAUCUGUACAUGUAUGGGCUUUUUAUUUCCACCAAGAGAGAAAGUAGCUCUUUGGUCAAAACCAAAUUUCACUUUUCAAAUACCUUCCAACUUAUUUAUUGGUUGUUACUCAAUUGCAUGUGUGUGUGCGUGUGUGUGCGCGUGCAUGCGUGCAUGUGUGUAUUAUCAGGCAUAUGCUUCUAACUUUUAGAUAGGGGAGAAGAAAAAUCUAUGCCAGAUACUGUAUAUUCUACAAUGGUGCUAAUCUCAGAGAUAAAUGAAUUACUCCAUUAAAUUUAAAAAGAGUUUUAAAUAAUUAUCUAUGUAUCUUUGUUUCCCUUUUGAAUGUUGCACAUCAUGUUAACACAUUUAGUGUAAAAGCAGAUGAAACAACCACAUGUUCUAAAGUCUAGGGAUAGUGCUACAAUCCGUAUUUAAUUCAAAACUAACUAGAACUUUUCCACGUGAAAUGGACCAAACUGACAAUAUUGUUAUUUAAAUACAGAGUUUUAAUGCAGGAUGACAUCCCACAGGGGAAAAGAAUGUCUGUAGUGGGUGACUGUUCUCAAAUAUUUUACAGAAUACCAUGAAUGGUGAACAGACUGGUAACUUUGAGUUUCCAUGAUAGAUUUGAGACAUGUCAAUAGCAAAUCAUUUUUGUAUUUAAAUUUUUGUACUGA